AGGUCCCGCUUUCUUGCUCAUUCUCUUCGAUGUCGUCAUACCAAAUCUCUAUAUAUUGACAUUUCCAAACUCUCUUCCAAUCCAUAAUCUCAUCAAAUAAUCGCACUUAGGGGAAGUUUACAAAAUUCAUCAUCUCCGCUACUAUAUAAGUACGUUCUUCUUCCUUCAUCUAAUCCAACUUAACCAAAAAACCCACUCCCUUCAGCGAAAAUGGCUCCACCGAGCGUAAUUAAAUCCGAUGCUGCAGUCAACGGCAUUGACCACUCAGGAAAGCCUCUUUUCCGGCUAGAGGGUUCCGAUCUCCUAGCCAAUGGUCACGUUGUCUUAACCGAUGUACCGGUUAACGUGACUGUCACUUCUUCGCCUUACCUAGCCGACAAAGACGGAGAACCAAUGGACGCCUCUGCCGGUUCGUUCAUCGGGUUUAACCUCGACGGCGAGCCACAAAGCCGCCACGUGGCAUCCAUCGGCAAACUCAGGGAUAUUCGGUUCAUGAGCAUAUUCCGUUUCAAGGUCUGGUGGACUACUCACUGGGUCGGUUCCAAAGGAUCCGACAUCGAGAACGAGACCCAGAUCAUCAUCCUCGAGAACUCCGGAUCCGGACGUCCUUAUGUUCUCCUUCUGCCGCUUCUCGAAGGCUCUUUCCGUUCGUCCUUUCAACCUGGAGAAGACGAUGACGUGGCGGUCUGUGUCGAAUCCGGGUCGACCCAAGUGACCGGGUCGGAGUUUCGUCAGGUUGUGUAUGUUCACGCCGGAGAUGAUCCGUUCAAGCUCGUGAAAGACGCGAUGAAAGUGGUCAGGGUUCAUCUGAACACCUUCAAGCUUUUGGAAGAGAAAACGCCGCCGGGGAUCGUCGAUAAGUUCGGGUGGUGCACGUGGGAUGCGUUUUACUUGACGGUGAACCCUGAAGGUGUUCAUAAGGGUGUUAAGUGUCUCGUCGACGGUGGUUGUCCGCCGGGUUUGGUUCUGAUCGACGACGGUUGGCAAUCAAUUGCACAUGAUUCCGAUGAUAUCGAUGUUGAAGGGAUGAGCUGUACCGUCGCCGGGGAGCAAAUGCCUUGCAGGCUUCUGAAAUUUCAAGAGAACUUCAAGUUCAGAAACUACGUCUCUCCCAAAGACAAAAACGAAGUCGGGAUGAAAGCUUUCGUCAGAGAUCUGAAAGAUGAAUUCUCCACCGUUGAUUACAUCUACGUCUGGCACGCGCUUUGUGGUUACUGGGGAGGUCUUCGUCCCGGAGCUCCUACUCUUCCACCGUCAGCUAUUGUCCGGCCAGAGCUCUCGCCGGGGCUUAAGUUGACGAUGCAAGAUCUCGCCGUUGAUAAGAUCGUCGAUACCGGAAUCGGAUUCAUCUCGCCGGACAUGGCGAACGAAUUUUACGAAGGUCUUCACUCUCAUCUUCAAAACGUCGGCAUUGACGGCGUUAAAGUUGACGUUAUCCACAUACUGGAGAUGUUGUGCGAGAAAUAUGGCGGGAGAGUUGACUUGGCUAAAGCUUACUUCAAGUCGUUGACGUCGUCAGUGAAUAAGCAUUUUGACGGUAACGGCGUUAUCGCCAGCAUGGAGCACUGUAAUGACUUCAUGUUCCUUGGAACCGAAGCCAUCUCUCUAGGUCGUGUCGGUGAUGACUUUUGGUGCACGGAUCCAUCAGGCGACAUUAACGGCACAUAUUGGCUGCAAGGAUGUCACAUGGUCCACUGUGCAUACAACAGUCUUUGGAUGGGAAAUUUCAUCCAGCCUGAUUGGGACAUGUUUCAGUCCACACAUCCUUGUGCUGAGUUCCAUGCUGCUUCUCGGGCCAUCUCCGGUGGGCCCAUUUACAUCAGCGAUUGUGUGGGCCAGCACGAUUUCGAUCUCUUGAGGAGACUCGUUUUGCCUGACGGUUCGAUUUUGAGGUGUGUGUACUAUGCUCUCCCAACUCGUGACCGUCUCUUUGAAGACCCUCUCCAUGAUGGCAAAACCAUGCUCAAGAUUUGGAACUUGAACAAGUACACUGGAAUCAUCGGAGCAUUCAACUGUCAAGGAGGAGGAUGGUGCAGAGAAACUCGACGCAACCAAUGUUUCUCCCAAUGCGUUAACACGUUAACCGCCACAACAAAUCCUAAUGACGUUGAGUGGAACAGUGGGAGCAACCCGAUCUCCAUUGAAAACGUUGAAGAGUUUGCUUUGUUCUUGUCUCAAUCCAAGAAGCUUGUGCUGUCCGGGCCAAACGAUGAUCUCGAGAUCACUUUGGAGCCUUUCAAGUUCGAGCUCAUCACUGUCUCACCAGUUGUCAUCAUUGAGGGCAGUUCGGUUCAGUUUGCUCCAAUCGGAUUGGUUAACAUGCUGAACACUAGCGGUGCGAUUCGAUCCUUGGUGUAUCAUGAGGAAUCCGUUGAGAUCGGUGUUCGUGGUGCUGGAGAACUCAGGGUUUAUGCAUCGAAGAAACCCGUGAGCUGCAAGAUUGAUGGUGAAGCUGUUGAGUUUGGGUACGAAGAGUCAAUGGUGAUGGUUCAAGUGCCUUGGUCUGCACCAGAGGGUUUGUUGUCUUCUAUUAAGUAUUUGUUUUAGAGUUAUAGAAGGUGCUUAUUUGUAUCCUUCUGAACUCCUUAAUUAUGAGCUCCGUGCCGUUUGUUUUUCUAUAUGGUUUCUGAGAGUGAACAACUAAAAUUUACCCAUUAGGGUAUAAGUUAUUGGCUUAUAAUUGUUUCUUUUGUUUUGUUUUCAGUGGUGUAGUUUGUCCUGUCACUAUUAUUUUUCAUAUUUAUUUGUGAAAGAUAAUAUUUGAUGUUUGAGCUGGUUGGCUGAAUACAACUAAGUUUUCAA